CACCGCCACACUGUAAGAAGAAGAUUCCAGCGUCUGUUGACAAAUGACUGUCGAAGUAAAGCUAGUUAAACUCAAGUCCGUAUUCACAUAAAAUUCUGACAGCGAGAUAACUAACAGUGAUCAACAUGGCCGAGGAAGAGUUCACAGACAUAAAUGGCAACUCGAUUUCUUUAGACUGCCAAACUCACUCAGCUUUCUGCAGAGAGUUUACUGUCACCUCACCGAAACUGUCCUUGCGCAAGGUGAUGGUGUACACCUGCUUUAUAUGGUUAUUUGCUUAUGGUAUAUUUUUCUUUACCGAGAACACUGCUGUCCUGUCGAGUGCCAUUCUCCUCACGCUGGCAGGGAUGAUGAUUCAUAUUCACUUUGUGAAGGUGGACCAUGAGACCCUUCUCAUAAUCGGUUCCCUCGGCGUCCAGCUGUCUUCAUCUUACGCAUCUGGACGAGAAAGCACGACCUUCAUUGAGAUGAGCAAGCUGAAAGACAUUGUCAUCAACGAGGCUGUUUAUAUGCACAGCAUUAUAUACUAUCUGUGCAUUCUGAUCAAGGACCCAGCAGAGCCUGAGACAGUGGCAAGUGUUGUCCCUCUAUUCCAGAGUUCAAAGCCUCGGCUGAAUUGUUUGGUUCAAGUGUACAGGAGCUGUCAAGAGAUUCUAGAACAGACCAGAUGACACAGAGAGUCUUCCUUUGAAACAGGAUAAAGAUUGGAAACCCACAUAAUGAACCAUAAGCGUAUUGUUGGUAGUAUUUGUAUUGUUGCCUACACUACAUCUUUAUGUUACAUAUAGUAGUUUGUUAGAUACGUUUUGCAUCCACAAACUUAGUGGCUACAGUAGUCUCACCUUAUUUAAAAACGUUAUUUUAUGGUCAGACAUUUUGUAUUUCUCAGUGCUUUUAUUAAUUUUCAUUGAAUAUUAUAGCUGUUUGUUUUUUUCCUCAAUGAUUCUGUCCUUAAAUAGCCACUAGGGGGACAUGUGUGCCAAUUUUUGGAAACUGGAACAAAAUUAGUUUAUUAAAUAUAUUAAUGAUGGUAUUUCCUCUUUGGUACUGUUUUAACCAUAUGUCAUUUUAAUUAUUAAUGUUUGAUUUUAAUUUAUUUUUUCAUAUUAAAGAAUCAAAAUGAAAACAACAUAAACCCCUUUUAUUAAAAUUAAAAUUGCAAAUGCUCAUUUGCUUGAUGAAUAAAAACAAUACAGAGAUUUUAUUUAAAAGAA